AAUGUGACAAUUGAUUGCUUGCCUGUAACCAUUGAUGUGGGGACACACAAUGAGAAUUUGUUAAACGAUGAGUACUACAUAUGGCUCAGGCAAAGAAGGGCAACUGGACAGGAAUAUGCUGAACUGGUUCAUGAAUUCAUGUCUGCAGUCAAGCAGACAUAUGGUGAGAAAGUCCUCAUUCAGUUUGAAGACUUUGCGAACCACAAUGCUUUUGAUUUGCUUGCAAAAUAUAGCACAACUCAUCUUGUUUUCAAUGACGAUAUUCAGGGUACAGCAUCUGUGGUCCUUGCAGGGCUCGUUGCAGCACUAAGGGUAGUUGGUGGGACUUUAGCUGACCACACAUUCUUAUUUCUCGGUGCCGGAGAGGCUGGCACUGGAAUUGCAGAACUCAUAGCUCUUGAGAUGUCCAAACAGACAAAUAUGCCAAUGGAAGAGACUCGCAAGAAGAUUUGGCUUGUAGACUCAAAGGGAUUGAUUGUUACUUCCCGCAAGGAAUCACUCCAACAUUUCAAGAAGCCCUGGGCACAUGCGCAUGAACUCAUGAAGACACUUCUAGACGCUGUUAAUGACAUCAAACCAACAAUGUUGAUUGGAACAUCAGGAGUAGGAAGAACAUUUACUAAAGAAGUGGUUGAAGCCAUGGCUUCCUUCAAUGUGAAACCUAUAAUUCUUUCUCUUUCCAACCCGACUUCACAAUCUGAAUGUACCGCUGAAGAAGCUUAUACAUGCAGUCAGGGGCGAGUUAUUUUUGCUAGUGGAAGCCCAUUUACUCCUGUUGAAUAUGAGGGUAAAACCUUUGUGCCUGGUCAGGCAAACAAUGCAUACAUUUUCCCUGGAUUUGGUCUGGGUCUAAUAAUGUCCGGAGCCAUCCGUUCACAUGAUGAAAUGUUGCUGGCUGCCUCGGAAGCUUUGGCUACUCAGGUGACCCAGGAGAACUUUGACAAGGGACUUAUCUACCCUCCAUUCAAAAACACCAGAAAGAUCUCAGCAGAGAUUGCUGCUAAAGUGGCUGCUAAGGCUUAUGAACUUGGUGAGUCUUUUUUC